AUGACAUUAGUAAUUGAUGAGAUUUGGAUGUCAAGAAACCUCAAACAGUUUAGUAACAUCGACCCUGAUGCGAUGAAGGCUAGGCAGAACAUUCAAACCAGAUUCAAUGAAAUAGUUAAAGUCUUUUCUUUAGCUACCCAACCUCUUAAAGAGCUUAGUAGCAAGACUUGGUCUCCUCCCCCUUCUGGCUGCAUCAAGCUGAAUGUGAAUGUUGCGUUUCAACAAGACUCGAGCUCUGCUUUAGCAAUUGUUGCACGAAACCACUUGGGUGAAGUUCUAUCAAUCUGGGCCAAAAAACAUCACAGCUCCUCCCCUACGAUUGCCGAAGCUGAAGCACUUUACUGGGCUGUGAAUCUAGCGGUCAAGGAGGGAUGGAAAUCUGUGAUAUUUGAAGGAGAUGCAAAGAAUUGUUUUGAUCCACUCAUCAACCCAGACUUAUCCCCUGAAUGGCUUACGCACAAUAUUAUCUGUAAUAUUCGUAGCUUAGUUGUUGCUUUUGAUUUUGUCUAUUUUUGUUGGGUCCGAAGAUCAUGCAACUCUGCAGCGCAUGUAGCUGCCAAGUUUGCAUUGAAUUCUGAUUUAGAGUAUCGCUUUAAUAAAGGAAAUCUCCCCCCCUCGUUAGAGGCUGUUUGUAGGGAUGAUUCCUUAGUUUGUAUUCCUGUUUCUCUCUGA